CUCCUCACUUCUCUUCCUCUCGCUCUACAGAAGAAGACAGACCAGCAGACUCCACCUCCUCCUCCAUCAUCAUCAUCAUCACAAACAUGUAUAAGCGCAGCAGCGGCAUGAGCUCGUUCAGCGUGGCAGGAGGAGCAGUAGGCGGUGGGGUCCGGGUCUCCAGGGCCAGCAGGAGCUUCUCUGGUGCUGGUGGUUACUCUGGAGGUUCUCGCUCUGGUCUGGGCUUUGGUGGCGGUUUCAGCAGUGGUGGCGGUGGUGGUUUUGGCAGCGGUUCCAGUGGCGGUUUUGGUGGUGGUUCUGGUUUUGGCGGUGGAGCAGCGAUGGACGACAACAUCAUCGGCAACGAGAAGUUCGCCAUGCAGAACCUGAACGACCGCCUGGCCACGUACCUGGCCAAGGUGGCGGCGCUGGAGAAGGCCAAUGCCGAGCUGGAGCUGAAGAUCCGACAGUUUGUGGAGAACAAGGUCGGUCCGUCCACCAGAGACUACAGCGCUUACUUCAGCACCAUUGCUGAACUGCAGGGGAAGAUUUUGGACGCCAUCAUGGUCAGAGGAACCGUCAUCCUGAGCAUCGAUAACGCCAAACUGGCUCAAGACGAUUUUAGACUCAAGUACGAGAACGAACUGUCCAUGCGUCAGUCGGUGGAAGCCGACAUCGCCGGACUGAAGAUGCUGCUCGGAGAACUGGGCGUGGCCAAGACCGACCUGAGCAUGCAGAUCGAGAGCUUGAAAGAGGAGCUUGAGACCAUGAAGAAGAACCACGAGGAGGACCUGCUGUCCAUGAGGACUCAGAUGAGUGGUCAGGUGAACGUAGAGGUGGACGCCGCUCCUCAGGAGGACCUCACCAAGGCCAUGGAGGACAUCAGAGAGCACUACGAAGCUAUCGCUGCCAAGAGCCGCAAAGAACUGGAGGCGUGGUUCCAGGCCAAGUCAGAGGCUCUCACUCAGGAGAUGGUGACCACAGAAAUGACGCUGCAGUCGUCGACGUCGGAGGUGAAGGACGUGAAGAGUCAGCUGAACGCUCUGGAGAUCGAACUCCAGACGCAGCUCAGCAUGAAAGCGUCUCUUGAAGCACAGCUGAGUGAAAUCCAGAACCGCUACGCCAUGCAGCUCAACUCCUUCCAGAUGCAGGUGAGCGGUAUGGAGGAGCAGCUGGUGCAGCUGAGGGCCGACCUGGAGAGACAGUCCCAGGAGUACCAGAUGCUACUGGACAUCAAGACCAGACUGGAGAUGGAGAUCGCAGAGUACAGGAGGCUGCUGGACGGAGAGGGCAGCGGAUCUUCGUCCUCCACCACCAUCAAAAUCAUCACGUAGGACAUCAUGGAGACCGUCAGAGGACAAUCAUGUCUGUUUAACCGGAGUUGGAGUCACACUCAACCCAUCGCCUGUCUCAUUGCUGAAUCGGGGAGCUCCUCCCCCUUAUUAAGAAAGACAUUUACAAUCAUCUGAUGUCUGAUGUUUCAAGAAAUAAAUCUCAACUGAACUCAA